AGUGAAUGUGCAGAUGGAAUCACCCGUGAGGCGUGAAGGUUUGCUCGUCGAGAGACACCGGUGUGGCGCCUGCCACAAAGUCUCCGAUGCCAAAGUUAGGAUCACAGUUAAACACAAUAAAGAAAAGAAUAGAUAGUUUCAGAGUAUUUUUGCAUAUAUCCCCUUCUGUUGGUUGUGUGAGAGUUUUAUACCUGAGCCCAUCAGGGCUAGCCGUUGAGGCUGUUAAUGCUUUCUUUUGUAACGCACCUGGCCAGUAAUGAGACUUUUAAUAGGCCCUCCAACGGUCUUCUUGGUUGAUUUGGUAACUGCUCGGAUCAUUGAUUGAUCGUAUUGAAUAACUCUUUGCCUCGUCGGUGAUGAUAGCUUCCUUCGCUGUUUCUGCUCACUUCGUCAUGGAUGGUUCUCUCGUCAGUAAUGUUAUCUUCGUCAGCGGUAUGUAGAGUUGUCAUUCCCGUCAGUUGCCCCCCAGGUUCUGGGGUCGUCGGUGACCUGUCAUGACGAUCACAGAAGCUGAAAAGUUUUUCUUGUGACUCUUGGGGUUCUGUUCCGCCUUUAAUGUUUAGUGGCGGCGUUACACGCAAUCAUGGCCACGUGGCGCUUGAUGGUCUGUGGAAUUAAUGGCAUGACCCUUGGGUUUCCCGCUGGUUUUUCAAUCGUUUUUUGGCCCACAUUUAAAACUUCUCCUUUUCAACUUUUCGUUUAUUUCUCAGAGAGCAAAAGCAAACCAGUUUUUUAGAGAUACUCUGAAUAUUGUGGCUUCCUUCUUCUCCGAUCUGCCUUGUGCUGCUUCUGCCGUUCCGCCAUUGGAGUUAAGAGACGGCCUGGGCUGAAGAGACGAUAUAAGGAACGUAUAGAGACCGCCAUCGGGUACGCUGAGACGAUUGAGAGCUGGGACGAGCUGGUUGACCCUCGAUCUCUUGCGUUUUACAACCUUGGUCCUGACCCAUCUCCUUUCGUUCUUCGUCAGCUUGGCAUUGAAGGAAAAAAGAGUAAGUUUUAACUUCGUCAAUGCUGAUUCAUCUUCUGUACACUUAAGCACUUCUUUGACACACUUUCUUCUUGCAGAGAUGACGACCAAGUUUAACAAGGACAUGUAUGCAAAGAUGAGGUCAAAGAAGGACGAACCCCUGUCCAAUUUGGGGAAGAAGACCGUGCGAGUUACCGGGAAGGGUUCUGCCUCCAUCCCGCUCAGCAUUGUUCCUUCCAUAGCCUCUGAAACGACGAGGACUGCCUCCCCGACCGCUUCAAUAGAAGAGAUUCCUACUCCUGGCUCUAAAAGGCCGCGUGUGGUUGGCAAAGGAAAGGAGAAGACUGAUACUCGUCCGUCCACCAUAUGGGAUGACGAGUCUUUGGCUGUGGAAAGAGCUCACGAGGUCGUUACUUCAGCGGACUUGAAGGCUCUAUCUGACUUGUCCUUAAACGAUGUGGCUUCCCGUCACGUCCACAAACUGGUCCAGGUGUUGGGAGAGAGUAUCCAUAUCACUGCUGAGUACCUCACUCAAGGGGCCAAGGUGGCGUCUCUGGCGACCCGGAUGGAGGCUCAGGAGAGGGAGAACUCUGACCUGAGGACGAAUCUGAUUACUUCUAUGGACGAGGCCACGACACUGAAGGAGAAGGUCAAGGUGCUGGAGGACGACCUCAGAGUUGAGCGCGGGUUGACUCAGGAGAAGGACGAGCAACUUCAGGCAGCCAAGGAGAAGCUAGUGAACAUCGCCGCUCGAUCCGUGGAGGCUUUCCAGACCACUGAUGAGUACAACACCGUGCUCUUCAGCUGGUAUUUUAAGGGAUUUGAGCUUCUCCGGAGGUACAUGAUCAAGCAUCCUUCCGGAGUCAACCUGGAGAGCCUGGAUUUGGAGGAGGUGGACAAGGAAAUGGCCCUGGAGGAGGCAGCUUCGUCUUCUGCCCCCGGUGAUGAUGUUCCUGAACCCGUUGCUGACGUGCCGGCCAGUGAAGGCACAACUGAUGCUUGACUCUACUUACUUAGAAAAAUAUUAUUGUGGGUGCCCGUCUUGUUUUUGGGCUUUUCUUUUUUUUUUUUUUUUUUUUUUGUAAAUCUAAUUUCAAAACAAUUUGCUUUAUUUUGAAAACAAUGAUAUCGACCCAGUGUUUAUGGGCUGGAAUGAAGCGUACUUACUUUUCUUCUGGCUGGUUUACAUCCGUCCGUACUUUUUGUGCUUUGUUAAUUAGUUGUUGAUUUAAUGCACUGUGCUCUUCUGUGAACUGACUCCUGCCAUUCGACUUACGUCCGUCUAGACGGACUCUUGUCCCUUGUUCUUUUAACGUCAGUAAUUUACAUCCGUCAAGGCGGAAUUUUAUUACUUAGUAUUUUAACCAUAGUAUUAUGGUCUUCAGUAAUUUACAU